AUGCCCACAACUCAAACUCUGGCAUCUGCAAACCCGGCCAUUACUCAGGGCCCCUUGCGGGUACAGUCUAGUCACGGCGACUGGCGGGACGACCUUCACGCCAACGGUUUUGUGGUCAUCAAGCAGGCUAUUCCUCGGGAUCGGGCGAUCCAAUAUCAACAGCGUGCUUUCGACUGGUUGUAG